AUGGGUCGUACAGGCUACCGAGUGGAAGGACUACCCCAUGAUACAACACUGAAGAACGUUCAUGAUUAUUUACAGUUCGAUCCCUCGGUGGACAUGCGAAUUGUUGCCAGAUCUGUCGCACCGCUUAUCGAUGGUCAGUCGAGUGAAUUGAAAGUCGCUACUGUAGACUUCAUACCACCGCCGGGUUGGAAUACAUCGGUCCUAUUACCGGUUCUGAAAGGCCGCGGUGGAAAUAGAGUUGUCGUUGACCAAACAUUCUAUGGAUUCACCCCUUUAAAUGAGCCACAAGAACCAGUAGCCCUUGACAUUAUUGCUGUCACGGGACUAGCUGGCAAUGCCUUUGGUUCAUGGGCAUCAGAACCAACGCAUAUGUGGUUGCGAGACAAACUGGCGGUGGACUUCCCCAAUGCGAGGGUAAUGAGUUAUGGAUUUGACUCCCAUUUGAAAGGUAGCCAUUCAGAGGCUGUUAUUUCAGUAUUCAGCUCUCGCUUCCGUAGCGAUGUAGAAGAGAUACGCAGGCAUGCAUCAGAUCGACCUCUGGUAUUUGUCGGACAUAGUUUGGGAGGCUUGGUGAUUAAAAAGGCCAUGUUAGGGCGAUGGAAAGUGAUGCCUUCAAUUCCUUUGAUGAUAUUCAUGGGAACACCUCAUCGAGGAUUGGAUACGGAGGCUCUGCUUGAACUCGUUAAGCAUGAUGCGACAGCACCCUUAAUUCGACAAAUAUCUUUUCGGUCUCAUGAACUAAACGAAUUGAACUCUGAUUUUUGUCACUUUCUAUCCACGGCGCCCGAUAUCGCGAUACUAUCAGUCUAUGAGACUAUCCGAACCAAAACUCUGGUUGAGAUGCCAGAUGGAACAUGGGCCAGACAAGGACUGGAAAAGAUGAUGGUACCUCCAGACUCAGCAGUACUUGGUGUUGGUACGAGGGAGGUAGAAGUGCCGUGUAUCACAGAUCACUCGCGAUUAGCGAAAUUUCCCGCUACAAGCCAGGGUACUGCGUACCCGCAAGUCCAAGGAGCGAUCAUGAAAUCCAUACGAACAACACCCUUAGGGCACGAGGAACUAAUAGACGCAGUACGGACGCAAGCCUUGAAAAGGGUCGAGUCACUCGUCAAGUCAGGAGAUUUUAAUCUGGAUCGAUUUGCUCAAAAUGGCGAUACUGCUUUAGUGCUUGCUGCUAAGCGGGGAUACAAGUCUGCUAUAAAGUGUUUGUUAGCCUAUGGCGCCAAGCCGAACCAACGCGAUGAAGCGGGAUGCACGCCUCUAUUUGCGGCUGCCGGUCAAUAUGAAGCAUCCGUCGAUGUGGUCAAGUUACUAGUUGAGAAUGGUGCCGACGUCAAUUUGAUCUCAGGUGAUUUGAAAUGCACACCAUUGCAUGGGGCUGCUCAAGUGCCUUCGAACUCCCACAUUGUUCAGUUCUUGUUAAGCCAUGGUGCAUCGACAGAGGUUCAAAAUGCACAUGGGUUGACACCACUUUAUAUCGCUUCGCGUCAGAAUUGUGUCUUUUCUGUGAGAUUGUUAUUACAGUAUGAUGCAGUCGUUGAUUCUUGCAAUUGGGACGUCAAAGAUAGGAAACAUGGAGAAACACCAUUAAUAGCAGCCGCUUAUUUCGAUAAAGGAAUCGCUCACAACACACACGUGAUAGAAUUACUGGUUCAGGCUGGCGCUGAUAUCAACUUUCGAGCCGGUGAUUCGAAGCAUACAGCUUUAAUGAUCGCUUGUCUAAAGGGCUAUGAUCGAGGGGUAAAGUGCUUGCUAGAACAGGGUGCCAAUGAAGGCAUACGAGACGUCAAUGGUAACAAUGCUCUAAUGUACGCUGCAAGAGUAGGGAACGUACAUACAAUCAUGGCACUGGCAGAAUAUGGUCGCUCCAGCAUUGACACACAGUCUGCACAGAGACGGGUUUUAGAUUGGGCCAUCUAUUACGGAAAGGUGGAAAUAGUGAAAUAUCUCACGGCGUUGGACCCUGGCUAUCAGCCAAUAGGUUUUGAUGAGAGAUUCGCAAGUACCAUAGAUGAUCAUACAAGAGAGGAAAUUGAGAUGUAUCUGCCCAAACAUGGCAACCAUGGUAUGUCCGUCAAAGGGUUGACAUUUUGGGAUCGGGUCAAAUGGAAGAAGAAAUAG